AGGUGAACCAACUUCAUCCCUCAUCAGUGAAUCGUUGAAUUUUCCCAGGUUCCUGGUUUCGGGUAUGAGAAACCGCUCUUAGAAGAGUUACCAUGAUUUUCUUCGAAAAUACCUCCUAAACAAGCCGGAAGUUCUCGGUUCAAAUGAAGGGCUCUGCUCCUUCCGCAAACCCGUUCCAGGGCACUCGACUGCCUGAUCCUGCCGUGUGAAUGAGGCCAUUUAACUUGAAUUCUCGGAAGAAUCUCCUAGACCCUUUCCGCUGAUACUCCGCCAUGGGAGUUCAAGGCCUCUGGACCAUUGUGCAGCCCUGCGCUCGUCCGACCAAUCUCUCAACGCUCAAUCGGAAGCGUCUCGCCAUCGAUGCCUCCAUCUGGAUAUACCAGUUCCUCAAAGCCGUCCGUGACAAGGAGGGCAAUGCUCUGCGCAACAGCCAUGUUGUCGGCUUCUUUCGCCGCAUCUGCAAACUUUUAUGGCACGGAGUCAAGCCCGUGUUUGUCUUCGACGGCGGCGCUCCCGCUUUGAAGCGGGCCACGCUGCAGGCUCGAAGAAGAAGGCGAGAAGGCCGCCGUGAAGAUGCCGCUCGAACGGCCGGGAAGCUGCUGGCUGUGCAGAUGCAGCGCAUGGCCGAGGAGGAGGAAGAAAAGCGCAGGAAGCGUGCGGCGGCGGCGGCAGGGGAGGUUGAGGACGAGCACGAGGCACUCCCCAGCAUGGACCAGAUCGUGUACGCCGACGAGCUGGGCAUGUCAAAGCAGGAGAGACAAAAGAACCGGCGCUUUCACAAACAGGAUGCAUAUCAUCUUCCCGAGCUGGAAAAUGGCAUCGAGGGCAUGGGGAAGCCAAAUGAUCCUCGAAUCAUGAGCAUCGAGGAGCUGGAGGAGUAUGCAAGGCAGUUCAACGACGGCGAAGACAUCAACCUGUACGACUUCAGCAAGAUUGACUUCGACGGCGAGUUUUUCAAGAGCCUCCCACCCGCUGAUCGCUACAACAUCCUGAACGCUGCCAGGAUCCGGAGCCGUCUCAGGAUGGGCCUGAGUAAGGAGCAGCUUGACAGCAUGUUUCCCGACCGCAUGGCCUUCUCCAAGUUUCAGAUCGAGCGGGUCAAGGAGAGAAACCACCUCACCCAGCGCCUCAUGCACGAGAUGGGCAUGGCUGGGACCGACUUGACCAUAGGCGUGAACCGCGUCGCUAGUGAUAGAAACCGCGAGUACAUCCUUGUCAAGAAUGAAGGCGCCGAAGGAGGUUGGGCCUUGGGUGUCGUGAGCAAAGAGAAGGACAGGGGUCAGAUCCACAAACCCAUCGAUGUCGACGCGCUAGACUUCCAGUACCAGGGAAAAACACAAGACGACGAGGAUGAGUUGGAAGAUGAGGAGUUUGAGGAUGUCCCGAUCGAAGGCUUGAACAGGCUCCCCAAACCCAAAGCACGCGAUACAGACGAGUCACUCUUCGUUGACGAAGGCGCAGCCAGCCUAUUCGAGGAUGGCAGGGUUGUCCAAGAAGAUGAGGACGAAGACCUCAACCGAGCAAUCGCCUUAUCGCUUCAGGACCAGCAUGGAGUUGGCGCGCAGAAGGAGGCGGAAGUAGACGAGGAGGGUUCCGAAGUCGCACAAGCGCCGCAGUGGGAACAAAAAGCCGUCGAGCCGCCGAAGCCCAUUGUUAGCACCAGCGGACGGAUGGUAGCCCAUAUUGUGAACAACCGAGCGAAUGCCGCCGUCCCUAGGCGCCGAGAUAGCGAGAGCAGCAGCGACAGCGACAUGGAUCUGCAGUCGGCCCUAGCAGCUGCACGGAAGAAGCAGUCAAGAGUGCAACCAGCCAGAGCACCAGAACCGGCACCUAUCAAACCAAACUUGAAAAAUCCCUUCGACGGACCUCUUCCCUUUGAGAAACUUGAUUGGCGAAGCACGUUUGGGGGGGGUCAUGCGACUCCUAGAGCAGAGAAACCUACGUUGCACCAACCUUCCGGGGAAGCUGAAACUGGAGAGCUUGAGGCGGAAUCUGAUGAGGAAGCUGGAGGAGGCUUUGAGAGGGAGGGCCCGGAAGAGGAGGCAGCGGCUGACAAGAGCGACAAGCCACGCCCGUUGCCUCCAUGGUUGACAGACAACAGCGACAUUCGAGAAUCCAUUCGGAAGCAACAGGAGUUGGAGAGGCAGAUGAAUGAGGAGGAUGAGGACAUGGCCGCUGUCCGAUUUGGCCAAGAUGAUGUUAUCGAAAUCGAAUCCUCGAGUGAGGAUGGAAGCGGUCUCGAGAUUCUGGAUGCACCACCACCAGCGAACAAGGAUUCCAUCACCGAGAUGCCUGGAGCUAGCUUGCCUUCAAUAGACGAUGACGCCGCAAAGCGGGAUGUAUCCGCUCCUGAAUCUGAGACUGCCGGCUCGGCUACCGCCAUAGACACGACUGGCCGGGGAUCCGCAAACGCGGAACAGUUUCCAGAGGCGCAGGAUAAUGCGACGGAACCAGCCGCCGACGAGUCCGAGGAUGAAGACAUGGAGUUUGAGGAUGUGGUUGUACCCGCCACAUCGGUACAAGCUGCCGAAAGACACUCUGAAGAUGCUCAAAUGUCCGAAGAGGCUCGCAUUGAGGCAGAACUGUUUGGUGACGGUACACCCCCGCCAGCGCAGCGAGUGAGGACCGAGGGGUUAGCACCGGCUCACGAGGACUCGGCCAUGGACCCGGAUGCCCCUGGUCCGGAGGAGUUUGACGACUUCAGUGAUCCGGAAGAGGAAGAACUUCUGGCCCAAUUGGCCGAGGAGGCCGAGGAACACGCCAGGUUCGCCAGCCAGCUCAACAAGAAGUCUCAGCGGGAGAAUCAAGAGGCCUACGAGAGAGAACUUCGAGCCCUCCGGACGCAGCAAAAGAAAGACAGGCGUGACGCGGAUGAAGUUACCCAGGUGAUGGUGACAGAAUGUCAGGCUCUUCUUACCCUUUUCGGCAUCCCGUACAUCACCGCUCCCAUGGAAGCCGAAGCGCAGUGCGCCGAGCUCGUCCGGCUCGGCCUGGUCGACGGCAUCGUGACUGACGACUCGGACACCUUCCUCUUCGGGGGCACGCGCGUCUACAAGAACAUGUUCAACAGCAACAAGUACGUGGAAUGCUACCUGGCCAAGGACCUCGAGACCGAGCUCUCCCUGUCCCGCGAGCAGCUCAUCGCUCUCGCCCAGCUACUGGGGUCGGACUACACCGAGGGCCUCCCCGGAGUCGGCCCGGUCACGGCGCUCGAGAUCCUCUCCGAGUUCCCCGGCAGGGACGGCCUCGCCGAGUUCAGGGACUGGUGGCAGGACGUGCAGAACCACGGCCGGCCCAAGGAGGCGGACGCGGACUCGCCCUUCCGCCGCAAGUUCCGCAAGGCCCACGCUACCAAGCUCUUCCUCCCGGUCGGGUUCCCCAACCCGGCCGUCUUCGACGCCUACCUCCACCCGGAGGUCGACAGCAACACGGAGCCGUUUCAGUGGGGCGUCCCGGACCUCGACGGCCUCCGCCGGUUCUUGAUGGAGACCAUCGGCUGGAGCCAGGAGCGCACGGACGAGGUGCUCGUGCCCGUCAUUCGGGACAUGAACAAGCGGGACGUGGAGGGGACGCAGAGCAAUAUCACGAGGUUCUUCAGCGGGAGUGUCGGGGCCGGCGCCAGGGAGGCGUUUGCGCCGAGGCAGAAGGGGCCUGGAGGGAGUAGGAGGAUGGUGAAUGCUGUGAGUCGGCUGAGAGCGAAGACAGGAGGGGGUCGAACUGGCAAUGGUGGAGAGGGUGGUGGGCUGGGGGAGGCUGUAGAGAUGCCCGUGGCGCCACCGCCGGCGCCGAAGGGAGGGAGAAAGCGGAAGGCCAAGGCGGUCGUCGUUGCCGAGGACGAUGGUGAUGACCUUGAGGACGGUGAUUACUUCAAUGAGGAAGAAGCGGGGAAAGACGACGACGACUACGACGAUGAUGACGACGAAGGUGCAAGGUCGAAAGGGAAGGGUAAGAGGACAAAGAGUGCAGCACGAAAGGGGAGAGGCAAGAAAUCGAGGGCAGAAGCUUGAAGCAUGGAGCAGCACUUCAGUGUACAGCUUGCCAGCAAGAAGGAUAUACCCGCCAACAAUCACAAUGCACAAGGACUGUCAACGCUAAGCUUGUUCAGGAUCUCGUUUCCGGUCAGCAGUUGGCUCCUUCUCUGGGGAGCCUGCGGGGGUGCGGUAACGAGAGGCCUGUAACUCGCUCGCCCUUUCGUUUUAGAAGUCACCGCGACGGGCUCA